GAAAAGUAGUGAUUGUGACCUGUUGAUAAUUUAGCCAACAUUGAUCAAAGCCCUGCGUCUCACUAUAUCUCUACAUAGAACACUUCUCCUGAAGUCCCUCUGCCCUGUCCAGUCUUGAAGGAUGUCCGUGCUGAACACAUAGUUCAUAUGAGUGAUAUAUGUCGUUUAUUUAUGCCAUGCAAACAGUAUCAAAACUCACAGGUCGAAUAAACAACAUGUUAGUAACGAGGCAGAGAUAUAUUCAUGAAGACAUGGAUACGAUAUUUGUAAUCAAAACGUGUAUUCUGUUACGAAUUUAUGUAAAUAAUAUAUUAACAAUGAUAUUUCCGAGCGCUCAUACGCCGUCAAGGCUGACCGCACGUGAUCCAGAUGGAAGCUACCAUGUCAACUCUGUUGGGUGUCAGCCUUACAAUGGGUCAGUGAGUCACAUACAUGCAUUGAAGGAUAAUGUAAUGAGUGCGAGAAGUUGAUAUUCCACUCAAUUCUUCAACAUACUCGUACAGGAAGAUAAACAAUGUAACUGUGUGUCUGGCCACAGAUAUGUGUAGAACUUGUAUCUCCUGAAGUGUCUUCAGAAGAAAAUGUACGUGUAUUUGAGGAUAUGUAACAGGGAUACGGAAUGUGAAAGCUAUGCACAUUGUUCACAGUAUGUGUCGUUCAUCAAUCUUAUUUAACUUUUGUGAAAGUAUGGCGUGUGAGGCUAGCGUUGUUUCGGAAUGUAGUAUUCCCACUCAUGACUCACACGCAUAGAGUUAAACAUAAACCACUGGAAGUGCAGUGAGCGUGACCCUUAACACAGUUUGACUGAGUAUUUCACUUCCUCGUUGCUCAACAUGGCGGGUGUCAGGAUACUUGUUGUGGUGGUGUUAGUUCAGUAGAUACAGCUGACAUCGGGUACCUGUCAAUCAGGAAGGUUUGGAGACUCCUGUAGCUACUCCUGUCACUGCGGGACAUCAUGUGACGAGACUACAGGUGCCUGUUCAGGUUCCUGCGACUCUGGAUGGAUUACGGGAGGAAGCAUGUGCCAGAAGCGAAACAUUGAACUUCAAAAGACAGCAUCAACAACAUCAGUGUUUGGAGGCUGGCCCGCAUCAAAUGCUGUGGAUGGGGAAAGUGACAAAAAUGGUUUGGGUCGAACCUGUUUCCACGCUGCUACAUCUCCGUCAGACUGGACAGUGGAUCUGGGCCGGGACUUCCAGCUGUAUGACAUCAGGAUCUACAGUAGAAAUGGAUUCUACUGGAGAAAUGCAAACUCCAACAUCUAUCUGAACAACGACACCUCCAGCAUAUGCUCCACCCUCCCGAAUCCAUCAGAUACUCCCAACCCAACUGACGUGACGUGUAACGCUACCGGCAGAUACGUCACCAUCAGGAACCCGGGGACAGGAGGAAGCGAUGGCUAUGCUAGUGCACUGGGCAUCUGUGAGGUGGAAAUCUAUGUCUGCAGCCCAGGUGUCUACGGUGUGAACUGUAAUACCUUCUGUCACUGCCUGGAUUCAACCUGUGAUCGGUGGACUGGAGUGUGUCCUGGAGACUGUAGACCAGGAUGGCAGGGGGCGAGAUGUGAUACAGUUGAGACAUUUCUACUCUCAGGAUUGAUAGGCACCAGUCAGUAGUACUGGAGACUGUAGGCCAGGAUGGCAGGGGCAGAGAUGUGAUACAGCUUGGAACAGCACGACUUAUGGCACUAACUGCAAUAAAAUAUGUCCUGGGCGGAA